CUUGAACAUAACAGUAGUGUCGUUUUUGUUUUUCACAUAAACAACAAUGAUCAACUGAUCAACAAUAUAAACAAACAAAAAAUAUAAUAAUUGUUAAUAAUGGCUGAAAAACAAAAAAUAUUAAUUAGUGGUGAUGCUGAGGGAAGAUUUAAUCUUCUAUUUUCAAAAGUCACCACAAUUAAUAAAAAAAAUGGACCAUUUGAUUUUUUACUUUGUGUUGGUAAUUUUUUUGGAGUAAAUAAUUCUGAAUUAUUGCCAUAUAAAAAUGGAACAAAAAAAAUACCAGUACCAACAUUUAUAAUUGGACCAAAUAGAGAUUCUGAUAUUGAAUCUUAUCCAGAAGAAGAUGGUUGUGAAAUUUGUCAAAAUUUAACAUAUCUUGGUAAACGUGGUCUUUAUAAUGCUGAGUCUGGUUUAAAAUUGGCAUAUUUAAGUGGAUUGGAAAAAGAUGAUAAAUCAAAUCAAUCAAGCACAACAACAAUAACAGAAAAUGAUGUUAUAUCAGUAAGAAAUUCUUGUUUAAAAGGUCAACCAUGUUUUAGAGGUAUUGAUAUUCUCAUGACAUCACAAUGGCCACUUGAUAUAACAAAAUUUGAUGGCAGCAAUAGAGUUCCUGAUAAUAUAUCAAAUGGUUCAAAAUUAAUUGCUUGGCUUGCAGCUCAAACAAAGCCUAGAUAUCAUGUUUGUGCAUUGGAAGGAAUUCAUUAUGAACGUCCACCAUACAGAAAUCAAAGUUCAAAUGAUGACAAUAUUGAAAUUGCAACGAGAUUUGUAGCAUUAGCUAGAGUUGGAAAUAAAGAAAAACACAAAUGGUUGUAUGCUUUGAAUUUAACACCAGUUGAUCGUACACGUCUUACUGAAUUGGCAAUUAAAACAACUGAUGAAACAUCAAGUCCAUAUCCAGCUUCUACUCUAGCUUCUCAUCCAUCAGCAACAACAACAACAACAAAUAAAAAAGAUGAUGUACAAUUUUUUUAUGACAUGGAAACACAAGAUGAUAAAAAAAAAAGAUACAAUAAUCAAACUGGUAAUGAUAAUAAAAAAAGAAAAGUUGAUUUUGAUCAGGGUAAAUGUUGGUUUUGUUUAUCAAGUCCAAAAGUAUCAAAACAUCUUGUUAUAUCUGUUGGUAAUGAAUCAUAUUUAGCACUAGCUAAAGGUGGUCUUGUUGAUGAUCAUUUUUUAAUAUUACCAAUAAGUCAUCAUCAAAGUUUUUCAAUUGUACCAGAAAGUAUUCUCAAUGAAAUGGAACUUUAUAAAAAAUCAAUAAAACGUUAUUUUUCUGGUACAAAUAGAGUGCCAGUAUUUUUUGAAAGAAAUUUUAAAAGUUCACAUUGUCAAUUACAAGCUGUUCCAGUACCAAAAAAUUCAAUUCCAAUAAUCAAAGAAAUGUUUCAAGAAAUGGCACAAGAAAAUAAUAUUGAACUAAAUGAUUUACCAAGACAUUCACAGUUGCAACAAAUAGCACCACCUGGUACAACAUAUUUUUACGUUGAAUUACCAGACGGUGAUAAAUUAUAUUGUCGAAUUAAAAAAGAUUUUCCACUUCAAUUUGGCAGAGAGGUAUUAGCAAGUGAUCCAAUAUUAAAUUUAAAUGAAAGAAUUGAUUGGAAAGAUUGUCAAAUAAGUGAACAAGAAGAAACUAAAUUAGCUCAAAAUAUUAAAAUUAAAUUUAAGCCAUAUGAUAUUGAAACAUAAUCAUUGUAAAUUUUCUUUUUGAUGCUUCAACUCAUAUUCUUCAGGUUUUAAAUUUGGUUCAAUACCACAUUUUUUCAUCUGUACAGCAAUAUCAAAAAGAUAAUCAUAACACUCGGUCCUGUAAAGAAUAAAAAAAUUAAUUAAUUUCGUUAAA